UGGGUUAGUAAAGUGCAGUCAAGUGUGAACCGAACAUGCAAGGCUAUACCCUGUUAUUUGUUGUCGUCUGCCUGGCGGGUAGCUGCGUGCUCGCCCUACCCCGGCCAGAUGAUGCGCAGGCGGAGGUCAUCCGACUGGAGACGGAUAACAAUGGCGUCGACAAAUACUCAUUCAACUAUGAGACGAGCAACGGCAUUGUGCGCAGCGAGGAGGGCGUGCUGAAGCCGGGCGUGGGCGAUGCUGAGGGCGUGCUCACUGUGUCCGGCUCCAGCAGCUGGACGGCGCCGGAUGGCAAGAAAUACGAGAUUACCUUUACGGCUGACGAAACGGGCUAUCAUCCCACCAUCAAGCUAGUUGCCUAGACA